CACAGCAGUCAGACCGUGAGGAAACGCUCCUCGAAGGACUCACUAACUUUUUUUUAUCGUCGUUUAUUUUCAGAUGAACUGAACUGAGAUCAGUCUCGUCAGGUGUGAUGUGAGACUUGGCUCAGAGUAGAAACUUCUGUAGUGAUAACUCCGUUUUUCUCUCCAUGAUUUAUCUUCAACUCCGCAGUUUGCAGCAGGUGAAGAAGCGUUUCAACAAGCGAGAUCAGCAGCCAGCGCAGAGCUGAAGCCUGCAGAGAACAUCCGGGUGGGUCAGCGCGUCUUAACGUACUCACAGGAUCCAAACUGAACUCUACUGGUCACAAUGGCUGCCAACAUCACACCUCAGGGCUGUGGCCCUAAUGUGGACUCCCUCUAUUACAACCUGUGUGACCUUAGUGCAGUGUGGGGCAUUGUGCUGGAGGCCCUCGCGGCGGCUGGCGUCGUCUUCUCCUUCGUGCUGUUCAUCUCGCUGUUGGCCAGCUUACCCUUCAUGAACGACAAGAACCGCAAGAGCUCAGUGGCUCUCCAUGCCUGCUUCCUGGUCUGCACCACCGGUCUCUUCUGCUUGACCUUCGCCUUCAUUGUGGGAAAGGACUUUUCCACCUGCGCCUCACGAAGGUUUCUGUUCGGGGUGCUGUUUGGUGGCUGCUUCGCCUGUCUCCUGAUGCAGUGUGUGAGGUUGAACAUCCUCGCCAGGCGGAACAGCAGGCCCCGGGCUUGGGCUUUAUGUCUGGGGGCAUUGGGGCUGUGGCUGGUGGAGGUGGUCAUCAACACAGAGUGGCUGAUUAUCACAGUGGUGCGCCACCCACAGCGGCCCCUCAAUGCCACAGCUAAAACUGGCAGAGCCACGGCUACACCGUGCAACAUCGCCAAUCAGGACUUUGUCAUGGCGUUGAUCUACGUGAUGACGCUGAUCCUGGCUGUGGUGGUGGCAAGUCUGACCAUCAUGCCGGGCAAACAUAAGCAGUGGAGGAAGGAAGGUGCCUGUAUCCUUCUGACCAGCCUGUUCUCUGUGGGAAUUUGGGUGGCGUGGAUCGUUAUGUACGUCUAUGGGAAUGAGACGAAUGGGUUGCCCACAUGGGAUGACCCCACCCUGGCCAUCGCCUUGGUGGCGAACGCCUGGGUGUUCCUCAUCAUCUACACUAUUCCUGAAAUCUGCUGUUUGACUGCUGAGGAUGAAAGCCAGCAAAGCUAUGGAGGAAAUCUGUACCCAAACCAAGGAGCCGGCUACGAAACGAUCCUGAAGGAGCAGAGCUCCCAGAGCAUAUUCAUGGAAAACAAGGCUUUCUCUAUGGACGAGCCCAACCAAGGGACCAAGCCUGUGUCUCCAUACAGCGGCUACACCGGGCAGCUGCGUAGUUCAGUCUACCAGCCCACUGAACUAGCUCUCAUCACCAAAGCAGUAGGAAAUCACCCUCCAGACCCAUCCUGUGACAUGGUCAUUCCCAGAGCUUCCACCAACUCUGCAGCCAACAGCGGGAGCAGCACCCCCUCCACACACACUGAGACUGGGAACACUGCAUUCACACAGACAAACGGAAAUAGUGGCAAUGGGCUGCAUAGGACAUCCCAGUGGUGAACACACUACGGCUUUCAGCACCUCAUCUAAAUAAUUUCAGUUCUUGUCUUUUGCACUUGUUGACUGUAUGUUUGCGGUUCUUUGUGGUUCCCUAAGCUGGUUCUAAGAGGAACCCUCAGCCCCGACAACACUAGGUCAUAACUGCUGAUGGAAAACAGCUAAACCUUCUAUUGACUGACUCCCCAUGUGCCACUGGGUAUCAGACAGUGCGGAGCUUCAUUUGGAAGUCAAAGCGAGGGGACGAAGCCACAGCUUUUCUGCACAACAAAGGCUUUUUGCAAUGGUUGUCAUUCACUGAGGGUGAACUGUGAGCUCUCUGCUGGACCCGAUCACACAGAUGAAGAGUGAUGGUGCUGAUGGUGCAAAACAACAUGUCGGUGGUGUCUUCGGCUCAACGUGAACCCCCUUCCCCCUGCACACACCGUAAACACAGGCUGGAAAAAAACAGAACUAUUGCAUUCACUUAUAUUUAACAAAAUGUUGUGUACAGUCAAGUUUAAUUAUGGGAUUCAAUAUAUAUUUUUGUGGCUGGAUUGUGAAUAUUGUAAUAACCAUGAAAUUCACACAUAGAACUGAGCUGCUGUGGAAUUAAUGUAAAUAUGUUGUUAAAGUGUUAAUGGUUCUACACUGCAUGGAGGCAUUGAAUAUGUAUAUUUAAUACUAUUUAUAGCACUACGUGUGCUAUUAAAUCAUUUCAUCUAAUUUCUCCCAAUUAAAUAAUCAUGAGAACAGUCAGCUGAAGUCCCACCUGUGGUACCUCAGCUGUUUAGACUGACUUUAAUGUAUCUAAGUAAGUUGAUUACCCAGAUCACACUCACUUUGUUUUUAAUAUACAGCAAAUAAAUAUUCACUAGUG